UCUAUUUAUAACGGCUUAGGUACCCAUAACCUUUUUCUUGCAAUUCACAGAACUUCACAGGGUACCUCUUUUUAUGUUUAUAAGUUUGUGAUUAUGGUGUGUUAGACUGAUAUUAGAUGGCAGUGUUUUUCUAGCCUUUUGGCCUUUGAGGUUUUGUAAAAGCUAUGGUUUUUAUGCCAAAUUUUCUACUCAAAUGUUUGGCCUGUUGGGCACUUGGAGACAUGAGAUUCCUAUCCUCCUAUAUCUGACACUUUCCUGGACUUUUCUCUUAGGAUUUUGUUUUACCUACUUAAGGAAUUCAUACAAUUAAGCUUUAUCGACUGAAGAAACUUUUGCAGUUUGGAGGUGCUCGAAUUUGAAAAUUAUGCAUGAUUGACAUUUUCCUGCUUUCUUUGACACAUGUUGUCAUUCAACAUGCAAAUAAAUAGCAAAGUGCUGUUAACUGUAUAUGUUGGAUGUUAUGUUAUUAGAAAUUAGAUCGCUUAAUAGCCUUAUCUGCAUGUCUGACACCUUGUAUCUGUAGUGAAACAUAACACUUGUUUCCUAGUUCACAAAUCAUGGCAUCCAAGUAGUAGUUGCCUGCUUAUCUCCAUCAGCACAGCAAUUUUGAUUAUCGAAGUAGGUGAUAUUUGUUUUGAUAGCAUUCAAUAAAACUUUUUGGCGAAUUUGCUCUGGUACAUAGUGACAGCAAAGGAUUAAAAAACUAUCAUGCAGAUGAUAUUAAAGAGAAGGUUGACUUUUUUAUGUCGACGCCUGGAAUCUCACCACAAGGGUUCCAAAAUAUUGCUGCUGUAGUCAUUAGAAAAAUUCUCCAAUGGCUUAUAAAAUAUAGUAUAUUCCUCAACUAUGUCUCUAUGUUGUAACUUUUGUGUUUGAACUCAGUAUGACUUGUUUAAGCAACUAGUAUCAGGAAGAGAAAUCAUAUUUACACUGAAAAUGCAAAAUGCUUUUACGCAGCAUUCAGAGUAUCAACAAUUUCAAAACUUACUGUUGGUGAAAUUUCAGAUUUAACACUGUAUUAGUAUUUAAUUGCUUAUAAAUCCUUUAUUGUGCACUUUCAGUUGAAUUUGGAGAUUUACUUUUUAGGAUUCGGGGUCUGUUAGCUACAGUUUGUGGUUUAGGAAACUUAAUUUUUAGAUCUCAUAGCUUCACAAUAUGUAAAAACAAAAGAAGGAUUCUAAGACAGAUGAGGCUGUGGAUUUUGCCAUUUAAAAAUAUUGGAGAAGAUUGUGAUGCUAUUUUGGGAAUCAAUAAGCUUACAGUAUUAUUUUGGAACUUGGGGUUGGUAAGGCAUUUUUAGAGGUUUGAGGAAUUAAAGUUUAGUACUAGCGGAACGCUGUAAAGAUUUUUUGAAAAAUUUUAGUUUUGCUACUAGCAAAAACUCUAUUAAGGGCUCUGUGAAGGCAGCUUUUGAUUUGUUAUGGAAGUGCUGGCGACUGAGGUUUUUUGCAGACCUGGGUAGCAGUGCAGCAGAUGAUGGAGGCAUUUACCUUCUGUUGUGUAUCCUAUGUUUCUUCAACAUACGAUCAUAUCUCAAACUGAGGAAUUUCACUCUUGUGACUGUCAAAACUGAUCAGCAACACUGCUUCAGGUUUUAAGAGUUGAUUAUUUGAAGAAUGUAACCUUUUUUGGUGAUAACAGACUGCAGUCCUUGCAUAGACCUGCAGACUGUAUUCACAUAUUCUGGCAGACACUUAUUUUAGUGGAGGUUUAAUCUUGAAGCAGCCUUGAGGUUCAAUCACUGCAAUGCCAUUCAGGAUCUGUGGUUCUCAUUCUUGACUUCUAAAAUAUUUUGGUAUUUGUCAAUUUGAUAGCUGGAUGAAGGUUGGGAUGUCAUCCAAGACAAUGAAUCACCCUAGCUAUAUAUCUGUAACACAAGGUGAGCCUAGCAAGGGAAUUGGAGAGUCAUAUCAUACUGCUGCUUCCCCAAUUCAUAAUUUUCUAAGUAUCGGAUCAGAAGGUCAAUCUUCAUUGGCUGGUGAAUGUUCAUCUCCACAUCCAUUUCCUUUUAUACGAACAGAAUCAUUUAAGAAUAAUCUAAAAUCUGCGCCAAGUAGCCGCAUUUCUCCAGGUUCGCAUGCUAAGAGUGCAUUUUCACGUUCUUCUGUGUUCUGUACCAGUUUAUAUUUGUCAUCUUCAUCUACAUCUGAAACCCAACGACAGCUUGGAAAUUUGCCAUUUCUUCCACAUCCUCCUACAUGCAGCCAGUCCAUAUCCGCUGUUGAUUCAUCAAAAUCUCCGGUGGUGUUUAGUGAGGAUUUGCGCAAUCCAUAUAAUGAAGACCACUCAGAAAUUAUUAUGAAGGACUUCCUUAAUUUUCCUGGAGAUGAUUGUGAUGGUAACUUUCAUGGUUUGCAUUGUGAAAGUGAUAAUUUCACCCUUACCGAACAAUUAGAGCUACAAUUUUUGUCUGAUGAACUGGACAUAGCUAUCGCUGACCAUGGAGAAAAUCCCAGACUUGACGAAAUAUAUGAAACACCUCAAAAGCUGAAUGUAGCAUUGACAUGCAAUCAAAAUUCUGCUUCUGUGGCACCAUCUAUUGAUGCUCCCGCAAGUAUUCAACUGUCUGGGCCAGCAGCUGUUCCCAAACUGAGAAUGAGAUGGACUCCGGAGCUCCAUGAGUGUUUUGUUGAGGCUGUAGGCAAGCUUGAUGGGCCUGAAAAGGCAACUCCAAAGGGUGUAUUAAAGCUUAUGAAUGUUGAAGGCUUGACUAUCUACCAUGUGAAGAGCCACUUACAGAAGUAUCGACUUGCCAAAUAUAUGCCAGAGAAGAAAGAAGAGAAGAAGACUUCCAGCUCUGAAGAAAAGAAAGCAGCUUUAAGUAGCAAUGAGAGUGAUGGAAAGAAAAAAGGGGGUACGCAUAUCACUGAAGCUCUGCGCAUGCAGAUGGAAGUACAGAAACAAUUACAUGAACAGCUUGAGCUACAAAGGUCACUUCAGUUACGCAUAGAGGAACAUGCAAGGUAUUUGCAGAAGAUCUUGGAGGAACAACAGAAAGCUGGCAGUGCCUUAAUUCCUUCACUAAGCUUGUCAACACCGACUGAUCCAAGCCAAAACUCAGAAUUGCAACCUUCUUCAUCUGCUAUUGCUUCACCUUCCCAACCUUCCGAGUCUAAAACCGAGUUAUCAUCAUCUCUGCCAUCAAAGCAUAAAGCUCCUGAAGUCAAUGAUUGUGAACCUGAAUCAAGUCCCAAAAAGCUUCGCAUCGAGAACAAGCCAGAGUCAGCUGCAGAUGAAGCCGUAGUAGAGAAUCCUGUGCAAUAACAGCUUCACUCAAUUCAACUCUUAGUUUUCCUUCAAUGCAUCAGCUUCUGUAUCACCCCAGCUUUUGUAGAUUCAUUAAUCCAGUGUAAAAUAGUCAUUGAAUUUAGAUUUGCUUCAUCUGUGUCUAUGACAUUUGUGAAAUUUGGACAAUUGGGAAGAAGAAAGACAGCUCUUUCCAUCUGUGAACUUCAGAAGCAAAAUAUUUGUGGGUCAAGCUAUUGAAUUGGUUUUUGAUAAUGAAUCAGCUUUAGUUCUUUCUGUAA